GUUGAGAGAUAUUACUCAAAACGAGACAUGGACCUCACAAAUUCAUCUUCCCAUCCAAACAAAAAAAGCUUGCGUGAAUAAGGCAAAUGAUAUCUGCGAUCCCGAAAAUUUUAAAAGGAACUUGUACUAUAUAAACGAUACAAAUGCCAGGGUCCACAACAAAGAAGCAAUUGGCAGAGCAUGAUAAUGGAGGCAAUUUUCCCCUGUUCCACAAAAUCCUGCUUUAACAAUGCCCCCAAAUUCUCUCCACUCCCUUCUCAUCCCCGUCGCCUGGUUGCAUGCAACGUGCAAACGGAAGCAAAACCCCCUGCAACUACACCCACAGAAAAACCCACUUCUCCGAACAGAUCUCCUGGUUCUGCAGAAGAUUCGACGCCAUUAAAGCCCCUGAAUGUGCAAUCAUUCGGAAGCCUAAAUUCUUCAGAUCUGCAAUCUCCACGGCCAUUAACUGCCCUUGUAUGCAACGCAGUCGACGAUUUCAUCAACAAUUUCAUUGAUAAACCACUCAGGCCGUCGGUGGAUCCGCGGAUUGUCUUAGCCGGAAACUUUGCCCCAGUGAAGGAAACAGCACCGACAGAGUGUGUAAAUAUCCAAGGAAUUCUCCCACCAUGUCUGGAUGGCGUAUACAUACGCAAUGGCCCAAAUCCCAGGUACGUUCCGAGGGCCGGGCACCAUCUUUUCGACGGCGACGGAAUGUUGCAUGCGCUUCGAAUCAAGGGCAACCAUGCAACUUUCUGCAGUCGAUUCGUCCGCACGUAUAAAUAUGUUCAGGAAGACAUAGCAGGAGGUCCAGUGUUACCCAAUGUCUUCUCAGGCUUCUACAGCUUUGCAGGCAUGGCCAGAGGAGCGCUUGUCACAGCCAGAGUUGCUCUGGGGCUCUUCAAUCCUCUCAAUGGCGGGGGACUGGCUAAUACCAGUCUGUUGCACUUCGACAACAAGUUAAUGGCUCUGGGUGAAUCUGAUCUGCCAUAUGUCGUUAGAGUAACGGACUCUGGGGACGUUGAAACCGUCGGGCGUUAUGAUUUUGAUGGGAAACUGUUCAUGGGUAUGACAGCGCAUCCUAAGCUCGAUCCCGAGACUGGAGAACUUUUCGCAUUCCGUUAUGGCGCUGUGCCGCCGUUUCUCAACUACUUCAGAGUGGCGCCCAAUGGGGAAAAGGAGCCCGACGUCGGAAUUCUCUCCAUGCUGCAGCCGUCUUUUAUCCAUGACUUCGCCAUUACUGGUAAAUACGCCAUUUUUCCCGACACCCAGAUCGUGGUGAAACCUCUGGACAUGAUCCUCGGUUCGGGCUCCCCCAUCGGCUGCGACACCGGAAAAGUUCCCCGCCUCGGAAUCCUCCCACGGUAUGCUACAAACGACUCUGAAAUGAUGUGGGUCGAAGUUCCGGGGCUCAAUUUCAUCCAUUCUCUGAACGCCUGGGACGAAGGAGACGAAAUCGUGCUGAUUGCUGCGAAUUCGUACCCUGUUGAGCACAUCCUGGAGAGGACCCAUCUGGUGCAUUCCACUGUGGAGAAAGUGCGCAUAAAUUUGAGCACGGGGAUCGUCGUCAGGACUCCUCUGUCUUCCAAAUGCCUCGAAUUUGGUGUCAUUAACGGCCGGUUUCUGGCCAAGAAUAAUCGGUACGCUUACAUGUCGAUUGGUGCUCCGCUGCCGAAAAUUUCCGGCAUUGUGAAGCUCGAUUUUGAGAAGGAGGAGAUGGGCGAUGCCAAGGAGUGCGUUGUGGGUUCGAGGAUCUAUGGCCCAGGUUGGUUUGGCAGUGAGCCCUUUUUUGUUCCCCGGAGUGAAGAAAAUCUGAAUGCUGAGGAGGACGACGGGUAUGUUGUGGCUUAUACCCACAAUCAGAGCACCGGAGAAUCGCGCUUUGUUGUUAUGGAUGCACGCUCCCCAACGCUGGAUAUCGUGGCCUCUGUGGAGCUUCCUGUGAGAGUUCCUUACGGCUUUCAUGGGCUCUUCGUCAGUGAUAGGGAGCUCUCCUCCAGUCGUUUCUGAAAUAGCUUCCCCUUUUAUUUUCCAAUGUAUAUACUCAUUGUUAAAGUUACAAUCUUCUAGUUUUCAGUAGGAAAAUCAUCUGAGCAUUAAAUGUUUUCUUCGCUUCUGCAUUCUUGUAAAUGUUCUACUAAUUUCACCCUGGUUUUUUAGGAUGUCAAAAUCGCCAGGUUCUUCAAUGUGUAUAUAUAUGAUUCACAUAUGUGGCUCUUAUCGCUA